AUGUGUGGAAUUUUGGCGAUUUUCAACAUUAAAGGGACUUAUAUUGAAGUACGAACUCUUGCCUACAAUUUAUCAAAGAGAUAAAGACAUAGGGGUCCUGAUAGAUCUCGUAUCAUAAUAAUAGUAAAAUUUGAUUGUUAUUUCAUUAAGGAAGCAGGCCCAAAUACUUAUCAUAUACUAGCUCAUGAAAGAUUGAACAUUGUAGAUUUAAGUGAUAGAGGAAGACAACCCUUUUAGUUAGUUGAUGAUUAAAAUAUCUAUUAUAUGCAAAAUGGAGAGCUUUACAAUUAUUGGUCAAUCAAACCAGAUUUUGAAAAAAAAUAUAAAUUUAGCAGCAAUUCUGAUUCAGAAAUAGUAGGAAUGCUAUAUAAAGAAGUAAAAGAUAUGGUUAUAAUAAAAGUAUGGUCCAAAUGAUUUUUGGAAUCAUAUGGAUGGUAUGCAUGCUACAAUUCUUUUGGAUAUGAAUAAUAAGACUUAUUAUGCAGGAAGAGAUCAUAUUGGAAUUAUUCCUUUAUAUUAUGGAUAUAAUAAAGAUGGUGCCUUGUUUUUAUCAUCAGAAUUAAAGGGUAUUCAUGAUUAAGUUGUUGAAAUAAAAUAAUUCCCUCCAGGUUAGAAUUUAUAAUUAUUAAACAAAAGGUCAUUAUAUAGAUUAAACUCAUGAAAUAAAGAAAUGGUAUAAUCCACUUUGGCAUAAUUUUGAUCACAUUCCAACUGGAGAAAUCAAUUUUUAAGAAAUGAGAGAUAAAUUUAUUGAUGUUGUAAGAAGAGAAGUUAAAGGAGAUGCACCAUUUGGUUUGUUUAUUUCUNAUAUUUUAUAGUGUGUUAGACAUAUUUUAGAUGUAUUAUUUAGAGUUUAAAUAUUAAACUAUUCAAAUUUAGAAGAUUUAUACAAAUAAGAUUAGAGAAAAUGUAAGAAAAUUAAAAAAGAUUUAACUUAUAACAUAUAUUAUUCUUUUAUAAAAGUUUGA